GCCUUGCUUAAUUUCAAAUAUGGGCAAGGUGAAAAUGGCAACCCUUGGUGUGACUGGAGAAGCAGCUAAAAAAAGAACUGACACCAGUGCGAUAGGACCCCACAGUUUUUGGGACAAGCGCAAGAGGCCUACUCUGUUCCUGCUGGUCCCACUGCAUGCUGCCUUGAGAAAAUGAGUACUUAGUAAAUCUUUGGUCGUUUGGGUCUCUUUGAAACAAAUAUUUUUGGAAUUCAAAGUUGACCUGGAACCAUGGAGGAUUUAGAGAAGCAGCUGAUAUGUCCCAUUUGUCUGGAACUGUUUACAAAACCCGUUGUCAUCCUGCCCUGCCAGCACAACCUCUGCAGAAAAUGCGCAAAUGAUUUUUUCCAGUCUUCAAACCCUUACCUUUCAACAAGGACUGCCUCAUCGGGAGGCCGAUUCCGAUGCCCAUCCUGCAGACAUGAGGUGGUCCUCGACAGGCAUGGCGUUUACGGCCUGCAGAGGAACCUGCUGGUUGAGAACAUCAUAGAUAUGUUUAAGCAACAGUCCAGCAGCACACUAGCACCAGAGAGGAAGGAGGAGACACCCAUGUGCGACGUUCACGAGGACGAAAAGAUCAACAUCUUCUGUGUUACCCACGGGGUGCCCACAUGCUCCAUGUGUAAGGUUUUUGGAGCACACAAAGACUGCGAGGUGGCACCAAUCAGCAGCAUCUACCACACAAAAAGGACGGAGCUGAGCGAUGGGAUUACCAUGAUGGUUGGUAACAACGACAGGAUGCAGGGGAUCAUUAGUAAUCUAGAGGAAGCCUGUCGUGCCAUAGAGGAGAACGGUCGAAGACAGAAGACUCUGGUGUGCGAAAAGUUUGACCGUCUUUAUACCAUCCUGGAAGGGAAGAAGAGAGACAUGAGUCAAAGGUUGACAGCUGAACAGGAAGAGAAGGUGAACUACAUCAGGAACCUGGGAAAGGAAUACGGAGACCAUCUGGAGGAGAGCUGCAAGAUCGUAGAGAUGGGAAUUCAGACGUUGGAGGAGCCAGAAAUGGCUGUUUUCCUUCAGAGCAUAAAACCUCUUCUCAAAAAGAUAGCGGAAGUCUCCAGCAUGGCACAUUUGAACAAAGUUGAAGUGGGGUAUGAGAAAAUGGAUCAUUAUACCGUUGAUUUCAAGAAAGAGGGCAAGGCUCUGCACUGCAUUGACUUCAUCCAAGAGGAUGACAAUGAGAAUGAGGAAGGUGGCAAUGCAGGUGCAGAGGUCAGAGAUGGACCACCGGCUGUCUCUGAUGCGAUCUGUCCAGCCAUCGAGUGCCCUGCAGAACAGCUCCUCGCUCAAUCAAACUAAGACCCCUACCAGUUAGAUGUCUUCUCUUAGCACAGAUAAUCUCCAAACGAGAAGCCAGACACUGUUGCACCUUGACACUAGUCUCAGGUCCGUCUUGAUAAUGUUUUUAGAUUGAGGAGGCUAAAAGAACUGAAUUAUGAUCUACAGAAGACUUAAGUAACAGCAGAACACACACAGACUGAUCUUAUUUUGUUUAAUCUGAAUAAAUUUGCAUUAUUUUUCCUGGUUUUCAUUUUUAUCAUAAUUGGUGACAAAACAAAGCUUUUUAUUGGUGGUUUGUCAGAUUCAGAUUUACUCCGACAGUUUUCCUUUGCUGACCUUUCGCGACACAUGAUCCGCAUCAUUAAACCAGAUUAGCAGACGGCCUUGUUUUCUCUUCCUCGCUGUCACACUUCAUUUUUGAGACUGAUAUAAUUUUUUAAGCGCACCAACAUAGUGAAAAAAUGUUUACUUGCUGAAUUUUACAGAUCCUUGUUUCAUGUCUGUUGUAGCACUUGAACAUUUUAUGGCUUUUUCUGUAUAUUUUGUGAUAUUAAAAGUAAUAUUUGGUCACUACA